CUGGCUAGCAAUCUGCGCGGAAACGAUGCUCAGGAGAUUGUGACAAUGCAACGUUCAGAAUAGACCUCAGAUCGCUCUCGAAACGUGGCUCUGAACGGAGCUUCCUGUACAAUCGAACUAAUUAUUUAAUCCCAUAUCCAUCACAACAAUGUAUAAAAAUAAUGACUGGGUUCCUUUGUUGACAAUCACAGUGAUAUUUGCCUGUCUUGCGGUGGUAUAUUCCUAUCCUCUGAACAGUAAAGCAGCUGGAUGGAUGAGCAGCACGGGAGAGGAUUCUAGGAGUUACAGCCACCUGGGCGGUGAUAGCAAGUUUUCUAAAGGAGUUUUCUCCUCUCACCCACCAAGGAGCAGCUUCCAGACGGGUGCCAACACAGCGAAUAAGACACUAGCAGCUAUCUUGCUGAUGGCAGUUUUUGGUCUCGGAGCAACUGCACUGCUCGUUAUCCUCUGUUCCAAAAUGGCGAAGAAAGAAGAAUAUGAUUCCGUGAAAGGUUCCAUUUAUUGAGAAGUAAGAUGAAGCAUCUGGGACCGACAAUCUCAGCCCAUUCUUAACACGACGAAGUUUUUUCAAAUUGCUCUGUUAAAAUGUCACUCAUAUUGAGAUUUCUGCAGCUGAUGCUGUCCAAGGUACCAUGCCUCCUGCAGCUUUGAUUUUACACACGAAAGAGAGGAUAAAUUCAGAAGCAAAUACAUUUAUCAAAGCUGUUUCGCCCAAGAACAAUGGCGUUCGUUGCUUAAUUAUUUCAAUUAAAUAUAUUUAAUACUAUUUAUAUAGAACCGCCAAGAAAUAUUUUACUCUUAUACCAUUCCGUACGAAAUAGUGACACUUACUUAAUUACCUGAAAGUUAAUUAUAAUCGUUUUCAGCAUUAUUUUCAUAUGAUGCAUGUUUCAAUUUAUGCAUAUUUUGUGCAACGAUGAUUUUUUUCCACACAUUUAAACUAAUGUACAGAAUUUAAGAAAGUGUAAAAUACUGUUUAGGUCCAUUGAAGUACUGAAAUACUUUGGUAACUUGCAUUGUUUUAAUAUUUCUUUCUGAAGCUGUUCGAGCUGUAGAGUAAAAUGGCAAAACGGGUAUUGUGAUUUGUUUCUCGGGUAAUAAGAAUGUUAGGAUGUAACAAAUGUUGUUUCUUGGGCGUGAAAGUAUUUUAAACUACUUUCACAUAUUUCCUAAUGUAUUUUGAAUUUAAUAAGGUAUAUCUAAAAGGCAGUUACUUCAAGAUUCGCUUAAAAUUUUACAAGUAUAUUAAUAAAUAUAUAUAAGUGUAAUACUGAAGUUCUGCUUAGUGCCAAAAUAAUUGUUCCAUAGAUGUUCUUAAAGAAAUCAUUCUUCUAAACGAUUGAUAUUAACAUGAUGAUUUAAUAUGUUUUAUCAUUCAAGUGAAUAUUUUUUCAUCUGAUAAAAUCUGAAAAGCAAGAUUUCUUGAAGAUAUAAUAUCGUCGCAGAAGAGGAUACAGUAAAUGUUUUAAUUCAAGAUAAUUUCAAAUAUAAUAUUCAUUUCAGAUGUAUUUUAAACAAAAAUUCAAAAUUUUCUUUUAAGUUAGGUCUAUUUUUUUAUAUGUUAAAUCAAUCUUCUUCUUUAUGCAGUUGUUAUCAGACUUUUUAACAACUAGUUAGAAUUUGUUAGCUUGUUAGUUGUUAACAACUAGCUAGAAGCUUUA